AUGUAAAUAAAUGGCCGUUUAUCUUCUUAUUAAUUUCAUUCAGAGAUUAAUGUUGAGAAAGAGGCUGCUGAAAUAGCAUCUAGAAUUAUGGAUCGGGUUCGUCAAAAAUCAAAUAUUAAAUCCAAUCAAUAACUCACUAAUAAAGGGGAUUCCUUACGAUUUAGUGAAUAUCAGUCAAGAGCAUCAGAAUUUUCAUCCAUACGUCAUGGAACAAAUUCAAUCACAGAUAGAAAUGAAAUAGAUUUAAAAUCAACUUUCAGACAACCGCAAUCUUAUUAUAGUCAAUUUUCAUCAAAUACUAAACACAUUGAAAUUGUCAAACCACUUCCUUAAUUUAACUUUCAAUAAUAAUCAUCAUCAGAAUUUAAUGAUUUCUAUCAAAAAACUAUCAAGUUAAACAAUAAUUAUUAUCCUCCUCCACCAUAAUCUUAAUCUACUACUGAUAAACCAGAAAGCAACAAACUUAUUAAAUUAAUGUAAUCAAUCAAUCAACUCAUUUUAGGGAUACCAUGAAUAAUAUUGCCAAUGGAAAAUCAGAAUCAAAUGUAAAAAAACACAGAAAAAUUGAUAGUAUCACUCAUUCUAAAUCAAUUUUAAGUAUUAAAACCACUCAAUUUUCAACUCCUCUUAAAUAAAAUAAAGAAGAAAUAGUUUCACAAUUAUUAGGUAGUCUUAGAAAUUCUAAUAAAUAUUCAGAAUACGCGAACUCUGGCUAAAAAUGA